UCCCAAAUCUCACCAGAGUCUAAACGGAAUCGCUCGGUUUCUUUUGCUGUUUUAUAUUCAAUUAGGAUUUCGUCUGUAAUGCUAACUAUAGCUGUGCCUAAUUCUUCCCCGUGCAAGGAGAUCGUGGCCGUCGGAUCGGAUACGGUCGGCGAAGUAGGCGGCAUCUCGACUCCUCGGAAACGGAAGUUGAGAUCUGAUAUGGCGGCAACGCGGACGAGGCAGACCUCUACACCGAUGAAACGGAAAUCGCCUCGUAGAUGCGUCAAUUCGAGUCCGAACACUCCUGAAAGUGGAAUUAAGGAACAGUUGAGUGAGGAUCGGGUGAGAUCACGCAAAUCACCAGUGAAGAAAUUAAUCAAUUGUUUUAAUGACAAACAGAGUUGGAAUCCUAGAGAUAAUGAGCAAAUGAGGGCUGUGAAAGAGGCAUUGCAUGUAUCUACAGCACCGUCAAACGCUGUGUGCCGCGAGGAUGAGCAGAAAAGGGCCUUUGACUUUGUUAAGACUUGUAUGGAACAAGAGAAAGCUGCAAGUUUAUACAUAUGCGGAUGCCCAGGGACCGGAAAAUCUUUAUCAAUGGAGAAAGUGAAAGGACAAUUGAUUGAUUGGGCAAAAGAGGCCGGUUUGCAGCCACCUGAUGUUUUAGCUAUGAAUUGCACUUCACUCACAAACACAACAGAGAUUUUCAGCAAGAUACUUGGCAAGCACCAACCUAGGAAGAAACUAAACGGCUCGGCUUCAGCUCUACAGUUCCUCCAGAACCUAUAUUCUCAGAACCAAUAUCCAUCUGGCUCAAAGAUGAUGCUUGUAAUUGCUGAUGAACUAGAUUAUCUAAUCACAAAGGAUCGGGCUGUUCUUCAUGACCUUUUCAUGCUUACAACCUUACAAUUCUCUAGAUGUAUUCUAAUAGGAAUUGCAAAUGCCAUAGAUCUAGCAGAUCGUUUUCUUCCAAGACUCAAAUCAUUGAAUUGCAAGCCUAUGGUUAUAACUUAUCGAGCCUACUCUAAAGAUCAAAUCCUUGCGAUACUUCAGGAGAGGCUCAAGGCACUCCCUUACAUUGUAUAUCAACCACAAGCUUUGGAGCUCUGUGCCAGAAAAGUUGCUGCUGCAUCUGGAGAUAUGCGGAAAGCUCUCUGUGUUUGCAGGAGCGCAGUGGACAUGCUAGAAACUGAACUGACAGAAUCUAUGGGCAAACUAAAUUUGGCAUUGGGUGAAGGAGAAUCUUUUGAUCAGGAGAUAUCUCCAUCUCCUGAGAAUAAUAUUGUAAGGCUUGACCAUAUGGCAGUUGCUUUAUCAAAGACAUUCAAAUCACCAAUAGUUGACACAAUACAGUCUCUUCCUCAACAUCAGCAAAUUAUACUUUGCUCUGCUGUGAAAUUUUUUCGUGGAGGAAAGAAGGAUACUACAGUAGGAGAGUUGAAUAAAUCUUACCUAGAUAUAUGCAAAUCGUCACUCAUGCCACCUGUUGGAAAUUUGGAAUUUUUGAGUAUGUGUAAAGCGCUAAAGGACCAGGGACUUGUUAAACUAGGUCAAGGCCGCGAAGAUAGAUCGAAAAGGGUAACACUAAAGGUAGAUGAAUCGGACAUCACAUUUGCAUUGCAGGGAGUUCGUUUCUUUCGAAAUUGUCUUAAAUAAUUUUUUCACAAUCGGAGAUUCCUGAUGUCAGUGGAUACUCCUCUACCGUUCAACAUCUGCAAGUAACCAGAUGUAAAAGUCGUAUGUGAAACUCAAGAGUUCAAACCAAAUGGUUGUACCCGUGAGGAUCUCGGUCAACAAAGAAAUUGUGAAGUCCCACCAUAAUGUUAGGAGUUUCAACAGAAGAGGCUGGAGAACAAGAUAUUCCAAUACCAGAAGUAUACAUGAAAAUUAUCUUGCACACAAAAAAUAGUUUUCUUGUAAUUUUUUACUUAAUCCAUGAUUUGAGGAAUUAAUGAAUAACCCAUCUGCUGAGCCGUUUG